AUGCUGGACGGCUCCGUACGGUGGCGCCUCGUCGACGUGGAGGCGGAGGAGGCCGCCGCCGCCGACGCCUCAACCCCGCGCGGAGGCAUCGCGCGCACGUUUAGCAGCCGCGGCCUCACAGACGACUUGUCGCGAUGCCUGGUUGCUUUCGAGUACGCGACGCCGCCGCUGCCUCGCGACGACGCGGCUGCGCCGGAGGGGUGGGACGACCGGCUGGCGAGCUGGCGCCGCCUCGCCCAGCGGGCGCUGCUCGAGGCGGCCCUCGGCGCGGUGGCGGCCGCGGCGUGCGCCGGGCUCAGCUCGAGCGUGGUGGUCGACCUGGCAGGGGGUCGGGACAGAGGGGACGGCGGGCCAGAGGUUACUUGGUACUGA